AUGUCACGCGCUUCUUUAAAGGUUGGAACUCUUCCUUCUACUCACAGAAGAGGGGCUUUUUAGUGUCAUCGAUGCCCAAAUGCGCAACUCAAGGGUCUUGUACCCGAAGAUGAAGGAGUUGGGAAAGCUGGGUUUGUAGUCGGCCUCUUGCACCUUUGCUCCCUUGAUUUCUGGGGUUGUCGGGAGUUGUCCGCGGUGUUUAGUGAUGCGAUCGGGAACCCCCCUCCCCCCUCCCGGUCUCUCAAUGGAAAAUUCCCAGUUUAG